CGCGCCAUUUAUAAAAUUGUUUUAAAGAUAUUCAAAAGAAAAUUUCUGUCAUUAUGGAACAAAAUAAUUCCCAGCAAAAGCGUCAAGAAGAACUGGACGUGUUUAUUUGUAAGCUCGAUCAAAUUGAGGAAAAGUUUUUAAACGAAUGGACAGGCGAAACGCUUCAUAAUCUAAAUAAACUUUCACAUGAGAAUGUGGAAGCAAACUUUGAAAGUCGGAAAGCAAGAAUCGAGGAAAUUAAUAACAAGAUUCUGCAAGAUCGCGCUAAGGUUGAACAAAUUUGUUCAGCUAAAAAAGAGCAAGAAGCUACUUUGGUGUCUGUGAACAAAGAGUUUGAGAAGUUAACUGUUCAGACUAAGGAACUCUCGGAGAAAAGAGUUUUGAAAGAGAAGCAUUUGAAUGAUUCCAAACAGCAAAAUAUUCAAGAACAACAAGCAUGUCGAAAAGCAUCUGAAAAAAUGCAGUUAAAGAUGAAUCAAUUUAGCAAGGGCUUAACACUGUUUCAAAAAUAUCUUGGUUUUACAUUUGAAAAAAUUGAAAAAGACUUGCUAAAGUUUAUUUUCAAAUUUAUCAAUCCCGACGAUCCUGAAGCGCCUUAUUCGUUCACGGUUCACGUGGAUGAAAUAACAGGAGUGUAUAGCGUCACUGAUUGCUCUCCCAUGAUUGACCAACUGGACGAUUUCGUUGGAAAACUGAAUAAAACAAACGAUUUUUCACUUUUUAUCGUCAGAAUACGUCAAAGCUUCAAGCAAAUGGCAUGCAAAGUGUAGUAUACGAACCAAAAUAUCUACUAUCUUUCACCAAGACUAUAUUUAUAGGACUCGUAAAGAGAACGCCAUUAAUCACUGUCAUGAAAAACAUUAUUCGAUGUUUUGAGUAUGUAAAUCAGUAGGUAGGUAGUUGAAGUUUCGUUUCAUGUAUAGCUCUAUUGAUUGCUUUUGAUAAUUAUUGUACUUACAUAUGACCUGCGUGCAUUUAUAUUUUUCUUUGAGGUAAAAAAAAAAAGUUGCUUAACCUGU